ACAAUUCCGGUAAUCAAUCUAGCUCCCGUUGGCGCUGAAGAGGACUACCAGUUGCACCAGCAAUUGCUUCUUCGAAAACAGUCUACUGCCAGUUUCAACUCAAUCAACUCUGACUCAGCUAGUGAUUGCCUGCGCGAGUCUGGCUAUGGUUGCUCAGAAAACGGGGCAGCCUAGCCAUCAGUUAAUCCUUAUCUUGAUAGUCACCAUUCUGUAG